UACAAUUGCUAUUGUUGGUCAAUACUUCAACCAACUGCUUUCAAUCACUUGCAUUUCUCCAAUGAAACGACGUAGACCAUUCCUGAGCAAACUGCUCGAUGUACUCCCUCUCACUACUAAUUCCCAUUCAGCAAUGGGAGCCGACAUUACUUCUGAAGCCACUAUUCCUGGAGCUGACUUUCACAGACACUUUCAUGACUCGUCUAUUUCCACUGGAAAUCAACCAUCAUCCAUGGCUGCUCCACUCUUUUCCACUAUCAAUUCGACAGCCAGCAUCAGUAGCAACAACCAUUAUACCCAAAUACUAGACACUGCAGUCACAGGCUCCAGUCACUCUCCUAUUGUUGUCUUGACUCCUGGAACCACCAAUCCUGCUUCGUUUGCCAUUGUCAACACUUUUCGUAGACGCAUUCGUCGCUUGGCUGUAUGGAUUGCCAUCCUUGUCAUGAUCAGCUACAAGUUUUGGACUGGCCGCACUCACUUUCCUCUCACAUGCAAUCUGUUCUCGCUCCGGUGUCCUUCUUGGCCCAUUUCGGGCGAGAUUGCUGAUGGAUUUGACAAUGUUCUAGACGCAUUCAAAGCAAACUUUGAAGAGGGAAAUGAAGUCGGGGCUAGCUUCGCUGCCUAUGUUGGAGACACGCCUGUGGUCGAACUAUAUGGCGGUUAUCAUAACAAGAGAUACUCCAAGCCAUACGAUAAGGACUCGCUGCAGUUGGUAUUUUCGAGUUCGAAAUUUGUGGAAGGAAUCGUUAUAACUUAUCUCAUCGAUCAGGGUUUAUUGGAUUUUAAUGAACGCAUAACUACAUAUUGGCCUGAAUUUGGCCAAGGAAACAAGGAAAAUGUCACUGUUCAAUGUCUGUUGGGUCAUCGAGCUGGAGUCACCUACCUCAGUCGCCAACCCACUCUAGAUGAAAUUGCAAAUCUGGACCAACUUGCUAAACUCCUCGCCGCACAACCCCACAACUUCAAUGGUACUCUAAUACAAGGGUACCAUGCCGUCACUCGAGGCUGGUAUCUUAAUGAGAUCGUUCGUAGGGUCGAUCGUCAAAAACGCACUAUUGGCCAGAUUGUGCGCCAAGAGUUUAUGCCAUUGCUCGACGCCGAGUACUAUCUAGCACUUCCUAAACAUCUAGAACCUCGAUUAUCCAAACUGAUUCACUACCCACAUAUACGCACCGUUGCAAAAAUACUUGCUCCAAAAAGUAUGUUAUCCGACCCGCUUCCAAAUGGGUUUGCAAAGGUGCUGUUUGAUCGUCAAAGCGUUUCUUUUAAAGCGGUUGCUGGCAGCCAGCCAAAGCAGAUUAUCCCUUGGCCACAUAGCCAUAAUCGCAGAGCCAUCUGGGCAACUGAAGGCCCAAGCUACAGCGGUAUUACGAAUGCUAAAUCCCUAGCCAAAUUUGCUGCCUUGAUGGCUCAACAAGGAACAUUCAACGGACACCGCAUCAUCUCUCCCGAAACAGUACGUAAAUCACUGGUCUCGCUUCCGUUUAUGCCAGAUACAGUCGUGUCAAGAAAUGUCACGUUUGCUACAGGUGGAUGGGGUGUUGGUGUGAGUUUUCCUGGAUCAGAGCAUGUCGGCUGGAUUGGCUGGGGUGGAGUGGGUGGCAGCAUGGUUUGGUGGAGUCCUGACCUUCAUAUCUCGUUUGCAUAUGUUAUGAACUCGCUGUCACUUUCAGGGAUUGGAGAUAAACGAAGUUGGCGACUGAUUGCCGCACUUGUAAAAGCAGUAGAGACCAUGUCUUGAAUCAAUUUUAUAAAACUAUAUUGAAAUACC